ACUCGGAAAGUACUCCGUGCAUGCAAAAACAGCAAAAAUUACGGAUCAGUGGCACUCCCCCACUCUCCGGCGUACGCUAUCCUGCUUUGAGUUUCAAUGCUGUCCGCCGGUGGCCACUGCUUGCUCGGACUAUCAGCGCACUGCAUAUCGUCUUGCAGAUGGACUAGUCGUUUUGUUCUCGUCGCGACCCUAUUGAAACACCCCCGGAGGUGCGUAUCAGGGUUAAAACUCCCUCAAUUGUUUAAUUCCGUGAGACGUGGCCCAAUGGUUGCAAAUCCCGUUGGGCAGUUCGUUUAUGACGGCCCGGGAUUGCAGUUCUCCUCCCAGAGCUCACUGCAGCUCCGGCCCCGUCAUGGGUCCCAUUCGACUGGGUAACUGACAAACGACGAUACGUCGCCUCGCGUUUGGCCUUUUAAGCGGAAAGCUCCAAUGAAUCGUCUGCGACCUUCUUUUUGGCUUUCUUUAAUUGCACUCUUAUUCCUCGUCUCACUUUUUUGCCACCCAUUUCCUUAUAAUUUUUAAUAUCG